CCACGGUGUGUGUGCGCGUGUGUAUUUUGUUGUUGUGAGGAGUAUGUGGCUGUCGGCGGUGCUGUGGCGCGGUUGACAGCCAGUUUUAGGAAAGCGCUCUCUGUAGUUGGAGGAGAGAGUGCUUCGGGGAUCCACUGUUCCAGGGACUGCGGAGCGAGGAUUCACGCAGCCCCGAAAAACCAUGGCCACCGAAACCGGAUCUUCGUGCACGGGAUCCACUUUGCUCCAGCCGAUCAGCGAGAUGAUCAACCUCCCCCUAGAUCAGGUGAACUUCGUGGUCUGCCAGCUGUUCGCCCUCCUGAUGGCCUUCUGGUUCCGGCUCUAUCUGCACCCCAGCAAGACCAGUACCUUCGUCCGGCACAUGGUGGCCAUGUUGCUGGGCUUGUACCUGGCUGUGUUCUGCUUCGGGUGGUACUCUUUGCACUUCCUCUUCCAGAGUGGCCUCACCUACUGCAUCAUGCUCUUUGCUGGAGCUGAGCACAUGCACAAGUAUUGUUUCAUCGUGGCCCUGGGGUACCUCAGCCUCUGCCAGAUCACGCGGGUCUACGUCUUUGACUACGGCAUGUACUCCGCUGACUUCACUGGGGAUGGCGGUCAAAGAGGAGAUACUCACUGCCAGUCAGAGAUGCUUAGCUGUAAGGUAUGUUCCGAAGUCUGCCUACCGCAUGCCGUCAGAGUAAUGGCUCCCCUUGGCGUUGACAGGAGGAUCCCAAGUCUGCUGGAAUACUUGAGUUAUAACUGCAAUUUUAUGGGGAUCCUGGCGGGGCCCACAUGUUCCUACAACGACUACAUCGCCUUUAUCGAAGGCAGCGCCUACCAGCUCAAGCAUCUAGAGUCCAACGGGAAGGAGAACGGGAAGUACAAGCAAAGGGACCCCUCACCUAAGAAGGAUGUGAUCCACAAGCUGUGCGUCUGUGCCGCAUCGCUGCUGGUCUACCUGUCCGUCCUCCGGGUGUGCUCUGUGGAGCGCAACAUCCAGGACGACUUCAUCGCCGGCACUCCCUUCUACCUGCAGGUCGGCUACCUCUACCUGUCCAUGUUGGCCACCAGACCGAAGUACUACUUCGUCUGGACUCUCGCUGACGCCAUCAACAACGCUGCCGGAUUCGGUUUUAAUGGGUACACCAAGGACGGCACACCCAGAUGGGACUUGAUAUCUAACCUGAGGAUACUGGACAUAGAGUUUGCCACCAGCUUCAAGAUGUUCCUCGACAACUGGAAUAUCCAGACGGCACUUUGGCUCAAAAGAGUUUGUUACGAGCGCUGUCCCUACAACCCGACGGUGGCCACCUUCCUGCUGUCGGCCAUUUGGCACGGCGUGUAUCCUGGCUACUACCUCACCUUCCUAACGGGCAUCCUGAUGACCCUGGCAGCGCGCGCUGUGCGGCACAACCUGAGACAGCACUUCCUGGGGUCCGCCUCGCUGAAGCUGACCUAUGACCUCAUCACAUGGGUAGCGACACAGAUCGCAAUAUGCUACACGGUGGUGCCCUUUGUCCUGCUGGCCGUGGGCCCUUCGCUAAAAUUCUACAGGUCGUGGUUCUUCUGCAUCCACAUUCUAUGCCUCCUCCUGGUGGCCACCAUGCCAGUGAAGCCCAGGCACCUGCGGGCGAAGGACACUUCCGAGGGGGCAGCCUCACCCCCGACAGAGGCCCUCAGGAGCCACCCCACCAUGGACAGCAACAGCAACCAGAAGCUGAAGACCACAUGAAGCGGGGUUGGGGGAGGGGGG